AUGGAUCGCAACGCGGCGCAGCAGAUUUGGGAGAUAUUGGCCAAUGCGAUUGACGAAAUCUACAACCGGAAUGCGUCUCAGUUGUCGUUUGAAGAGUUGUAUCGAAAUGCUUACAAUUUGGUUCUUCACAAACAUGGGACUCUGCUCUACGAUGGUGUCACGGAAAAGCUCAGCUCGCAUCUUUUGAAUACUGUCAACCGCUUGGCCGAUAUUGAAGAAACCAAGCUACUGGAUGAAAUGGCGUCCACUUGGUCGGAGCAUCAGGUAAGCAAAAGGAAACUCACAAAAAGACAACGACAGCACAAUCAUUCCGUUUUGAUUGAGGGAAGGCAUCAGACGUGA